AAAUCAAUCAACUCAUCCGAAUGAUUUGGUAUUACAUGAAGAGCAUCAUAAGAUAGGCAUUUUACAAACUCUGCAAAAGGGACCAUCAUGGGCUCUAAACGAAGGAGAGCCACAUCUCCUUCAAGCAGCGUGAGUGGCGGGGAUUUCGAUGAUGGUCCAUCUGCACCCAUGCCCUCAACCAGUCGCAAGCGAAGGAGAAUAUCAAAUAUCCCCACUGUUGAUCCUAUUGCCGUGUGCCAUGAACUUUACAACACCAUUCGGGAUUACAAGGAUGACCAGGGCAGGAUGCUUUGUGAAUUAUUCAUCCGUGCGCCGAAGAGAAGGAACCAACCUGAUUACUAUGAUGUGGUGUCCCAACCCAUUGACAUGAUGAAAAUUCAGCAAAAACUGAAAAUGGAGGAAUAUGAUGAUGUGGAGCAGAUUACUAGUGAUUUUCAACUCUUAUUCAACAAUGCCAAGGCUUAUUACAAGCCUGACACAUCUGAGUACCGAGCAGCCAGCAAGCUGUGGGACCUGUACAUUCGCACUAAGAAUGAGUUUGUGCAGAGGGCAGACUAUGAUGACGAUGAUGACGAUGGUGAUGAGGGACAAGAACAUCCUGGGAUGUCACAUGAGGAUGAGACUGCACCAACCUGUCUGAAGGAUGUUCUUGAACAGCUGCUUGAUGCGAUGGUGUCCUACACAGACCCCGCUGGGAGGCUCAUCAGUGAACUCUUCCAGAGGUUACCUUCUAAAGUGCAAUACCCAGAUUACUACGAGAUCAUAAAGGAUCCCAUUGACUUGAAGUGCAUUGCUCAAAGGAUACAGGUGGGUUACUACAGAAGUCCUCAUGCUAUGUCUAAGGACAUAGAUCUCUUGGUAAAAAAUGCCAAGACGUACAAUGAACCUGGAUCACAGGUUUUCAAGGACGCCAACACAUUAAAGAAGGUCUUUGCCCAAAGGAGGGCAGAAAUGGAGCAUUCUGAGCCUGUCAAGUCCAGCAUACGGAUAAGGAACAGGCGAUCAGUCCAUGGAGACCGUCUGUCAGCCAUAACCAUGGCACUGCAGUAUGGCUCAGAGGCAGAGGACGACCCCAUCCUCGCUGGACCCAUCCAUUACGAUGAUGCGGAGGCAGAGGCAGAGUGCAUCCAGCUGGGGCUGGACUUGACCAGCCCGGUGUUCCAGAUCUACGAGGCGGUACGUGGGGGCAGGACCAGCCAGGGUAUAAUGCUGGCCGAGCCUUUCCUCCAGCUGCCCUCCCGCAAGGACUAUCCCGACUACUACCAGCAGAUCAACCAGCCCAUCUCCCUCCAGCAGAUCCGGUGUAAAAUAAAAGCCAACGAAUAUGACAGCAUAGAGCACCUGGAGGCGGACCUGAUGACCAUGUGCGAGAACGCCAAGCGCUACAACGUGCCGCACUCCCAGAUCUUCAAGAAGGCCCUGAAGCUGCAGCAUAUCCUACAGCUGAAAAGAAAGGAGCUUUUGAGAAGUGGGGACGAGGACAGGGACAGCUUGGUCAUGUCGGACAUCUGCUCAGCCAAGAGGAAGAGCCACAAGAAGAACACCAGGAAGAACCGCAUGAAGGUGCUGUUUGCGACGGUGACGGACGCGCGGGACAUGACCACGGGCCGGCGGCUGUGCGAGCUCUUCAUGGUCAAGCCGUCCAAGAAGGACUACCCCGACUACUACAAGGUCAUCCUGGAGCCCAUGGACCUGCGCACCAUCGAGCACAACAUCCGCGCCGACAAGUACAUGAGCGAGGAGACCAUGGCGGAGGACAUGCGGCUCAUGUUCCGCAACGCGCGGCACUACAACGAGGAGGGAUCCCAGGUAUAUAACGACGCCAACAUCCUGGAGAAGAUUCUUCGGGAGAAGAGGAGGGAGCUGGGACCCAUGCCAGACGACGAUGACAUACUUUCCCCAAAGCUAAAAAUAAGGAAGAGUGGCAUCUCCCCCAAGAAGUCCAAGUACCUGACGCCCCUGCAGCAGAAGCUCAACGAGCUGUACGAGGCGGUGAAGAACUACACGGACAAGCGGGGCCGGCGCCUCAGCACCAUCUUCCUGCGGCUGCCGUCGCGCGCCGAGCUGCCCGACUACUACCUGGCCAUCAAGAAGCCCGUGGACAUGGAGAAGAUCAAGAGCCACAUGCUCUCCAACAAGUACCAGGACGUGGACGCGCUGGUGGAGGACCUGGUGCUCAUGUUCAACAACGCCUGCACCUACAACGAGCCCGAGUCGCUCAUCUACAAGGACGCCCUGGUGCUGCACAAGGUGCUGCUGGAGACGCGGCGUGACCUGGAGGGGGGCGAGGACGCGCACGUGCCGGAGGUGGCGCGGCUGAUCCAGGAGCUGGUGCGCAGCCUCUUCGUCUCCGUGCUGGGCCACCAGGACGACGAGGGCCGUUGCUAUAGUGACUCGCUGGCCGAGAUUCCCGCCGCCGACCCCGCCAACGCCGAGCGGCCCCCGCUCAACUUCGAGGUCAUCCGGGCCAACGUGGACCACGGCCGCUACAAGAGGCUGGACGUCUUCCAGGACCACAUGUUCGAGGUGCUGGAGAAGGCCCGACGCCUGCACAGGACGGACUCUGAGAUCUUCGAGGACUCGGUGGAGCUGCAGCAGUUCCUCAUCCGCAUCCGAGACGAGCUGUGCAAGAACGGCGAGAUCCUGAUGUCGCCGGCCCUCAGCUACACGCACAAACACCUCCACAGCGACGUGGAGAAGGAGAAGAAGGAGAAACUCCCCAGGGAGAUGGAGGAGGACAGGAUGAAGCGAGAGGAGGAGAAGAAAGAGGCUGAGAAGGGUGAUGGGUGUCCUGGAGGGCCGUGGCAGGGUGUGCCGCGUACCUACAGCCAGGACUGCAGCUUCAAGGACCACAUGUACCACGUGGGAGACUACGUCUACGUGGAGCCCGCCGAGCCCAACCUGCAGCCACACAUCGUCUGCAUCGAACGCCUGUGGCAGGACGACGCCGGGGAGAAAUGGCUGUAUGGCAGUUGGUUCUACAGGCCUAAUGAAACCUUCCAUCUGGCUACACGCAAGUUUCUGGAGAAGGAGGUCUUCAAGAGUGACUAUUACAACAAAGUGCCUGUCAGCAAGAUACUGGGCAAAUGUGUGGUCAUGUUUGUCAAGGAAUACUUUAAGCUGCAUCCGGAGGGCUUCAGGGCAGAGGAUGUCUUUGUGUGCGAGUCCCGCUACUCAGCCAAGGCCAAGUCUUUCAAGAAGAUCAAGAUGUGGACCAUGCCGCUGAGCUCUCUGAAGUUCAUCCCUCGCGAGGUGCCGUUGCCAGUGGUGCGAGUUGCCUCCAUAUUCGCCCCCAAGACAGAGGAGAGGCCGCCUCCAGACAUACCUGAGGACGACAAAGCAGUCCCACCCACCGUAGAUAAGGAGAGAGAGGAUGUGACGAUGGAGAUGGCCAGCGGUGAGCCUGGCUGCCAGUACUAUGAGCAGCUGUCCUACAAUGACAUGUGGCUGAAAGUGGGAGACUGCGUCUACAUCCGCUCUCAUGGACUAGUGCGCCACCGAGUGGGCAGGAUCGAGAGGAUGUGGGUUCGAGACGGAUCUGCCUUCUUCUUUGGGCCGAUCUUCAUCCACCCAGAGGAGACGGAGCAUGAGCCCACUAAGAUGUUCUACAAGAAAGAGGUCUUCCUCAGCAACCUUGAAGAGUCCUGCCCAAUGACAUGCAUUACCGGGAAGUGCACGGUGUCGUCGUUCAAGGACUACCUGUCGUGCCGGCCCACCGAGGUUCCAGAGGAGGACGUGCUGCUGUGCGAGAGCCGCUACAUCGAGAGCGAGAAGCAGAUGAAGAAGUUCAAGGGCCUGAAGCGCUUCUCCCUAUCGGCCAAAGUGGUGGAGGACGAGAUUUAUUACUUUAGGAAACUGAUAGUGCCUCAGAAGGAGCCGUCUCCGCUUCUGGACAAGAAGAUCGAGGAGCUGGAGGCCAAGUUUGCGGACAUGACGGACGAGGAGCUGGAGGAGCUGGGGGAGGACGACGGAGAAAUGUCUGAUAUCCAGUCCAUGCCCCAGCUGCAGACCUCCAUAAACAGUGACCUGGACAUGAUGCCCUACACACCCCCUCAGUCCACUCCUAAAUCCAUCAAGGGCCUGUCUAAGAAGGAGGGCUCCAAGAGGAAGAUCAACAUGAGCGGCUACAUCCUCUUCAGCAGUGAGAUGCGCGCCGUCAUCAAGGCCCAGCACCCGGACUUCUCCUUCGGGGAGCUCAGCCGCCUAGUGGGCACCGAGUGGAGAAGCCUGGAGGCCACCAAGAAGGCCGAGUACGAAGAGUGGAGCAAGCUGGAGGCCAAGAAGAGAGCAGAGUAUGAAGAGCGGGCAGCUAAGGUGGCGGAGCAGCAGGAGCGCGAGAGGGCCGCGCAACAGCAGAACUCCCCAAGAGCAGGUACCCCGGUCGGGGCGCUUAUGGGGGUGGUGGCCCCUCCGGCCCCGCUGGGGAUGCUUAACCACAGCAUGACCCCUGCCGCAGGCAUGAUAGGCAUGUAUGGGCCACCCAUGCUGCCCCACCCGGGGCCGAGCGGAAUGGUUAGUAUGGCCGGCAGGCCAAUGCAUCCUAUGGGCAUGCCCAUGGUACCCCAUCACUUCCCACCUCCUCCUCAUCCUCCACCCCGUAGGCGCCGAUUCCCCGGCAUGCAUUACCUGGGUAACAUGAACGGCACCCCUGGUACUGGAAAUCAGUAUGGAGCUCAGAUGGGGCAUACAGGUCAAGGUCAGCAGGCUCCUCCCCCUUACCCAGGCCAGGGCCAGGGAGGCCAGCCCUCCGUGCAGCAGCCGACCACGCCCAUCUUCGUGGCCCCGCCUCCCCGGCAGCAGCGGAUCCUGCACUCCGAGGCCUACCUGAGGUACAUCGAGGGGCUCAACGCCGAGUCCACCACCGUCAGCAAGUGGGACCAAGCACUCUCAGCGCGUAAAAAGGACGUACGGUUGACUAAAGAGCAGGAGAGCCGUCUGCCGUCCCAUUGGUUGAAGAGCAAGGGUGCCCACAACACCAUGGCUGACGCCUUAUGGAGGCUGCGAGACCUCAUGCUCCGCGACUCCAUCAACAUUAGUCAGACGUAUAACCUUCAGAACAUCUAAUAACCAUUCCUGAUCUCAUGCCCCCCAUCAGCAGAGGCGGAGGGGGGGUGGGGGGAGCAUUGUAGUAUUAAUGUUGUAAUACUGUAAGUUCAAUUUGUCAUUGUUUUUUCUUUGUUUGUUUUGUAAAGAAUUGUCUCAUUUAGUCGGUUGCCUUGGGCUAGCGUUCAUGCUGUUUUUUGUAUGCAUUUUCAAUGUUCUUGUAUGCAUUUGGAACUGUUGUUCUGUCAUGGAAGACAAACAUUUUCAUAAAAUGUUAAAGAAAAGCUGUGUUGA